CCACUACAGAGACCCCGCCCACAUCCAGCGGGAAGAGAGCAGAGGAAAACAUCCUGAUCCGCUUCAGCCCGAACCGGCCGAAUCCCCGAACCGCGGACCCGAACCGGAUUAGGGAUGAACGCGUGAUUGGACCGGAACCGGCGGAAGGCGCGUUAGCGCGGUGGAGAUGGAGGUGGGCAGCCUGCCAGUGGAGCUGUGGCGCCUCAUCCUGGCGUACCUGCCGCUGGCAGACCUGGGCCGCUGCUGCCUGGUGUGCCGGGCGUGGCGGGAGCUGGUGCUGAGUCUGGACAGUACACGGUGGAGGCAGCUCUGCCUGCGUUGCCCCGAGUGCCGCCAUCCCAAUUGGCCGCGGCGGCCGCAGCUGGCGCCACCCUCCUGGCGGGAGGUUCUGAGGCAGCACGCUCUGGCCAGUCGGACCUGGACCCUGAACGGCUCCGAGCUGCACUCGUCCGCCUGCCUGCACCUGUUCCGCCGCAGGAAGGACCGGAGGGUGUGGCGGGUGGAGACGGAGGCCGGCUGCGGCGCCGUGACGCUGAGGGGGGCGCUGGCGGCCGCCGGGCCAUACGACAGGAUCCACCUGUACCCGGGGGUGUACGAGGAGCAGGCAGAGGUCACGCUGAAGGUACCGGUGGAGAUCGUGGGGAAGGGGAAGCUGGGCGAGGUGGUGCUGAUGAUCAGCUUCGAUCAGCAGUGCCCGACUGCCAGGCUGUGUAACGUGGUGUUCAUGCCAGCCUGGUUCUCUCCGGUGGCUUAUAAGACGUCCUCAGGUCAUGUUCAGCUGGAUAACUGUAACUUCGAGGGCUGCCAGCUGCACAUCAGGGGACCCGGCACCUGCCAGACUCGCUUCUGCUCCUUCUCCCAGGGCAGCUCCGCCCACUUUCUGGGCGUGGCCAUCAGUUUAGUGGACAGCUGUGAGUUCUCUGGUGGAGACUCCGCCUCCAUCACGGUGGAGGGCCCUCCGGUGUCGGAGCGUAACUGGGCCUGUAAACACCUGGCAGCACUCGCCAAGAGUCUGACCACGCCCACAAGCAAUGGAUCUACAGCAGAUGCAGCCAAUCAGGACUCGAGAGACACUGUGGGUGGAGUCAGUCCUGGAGACACGCCCAUAGGAGGUGCUUUGACUGUGGAGGACUUGACUAAACAGGAUGUGGAUUUGGAAAGUGGGUGGACCAAACAGAAGGCUGUGAACGGAGCUCUGCUUCCAGGGCACGAGGGAACGGUGAUAGAAGACGGCAGCAUGGACACGUCCAACGAGUCCAGCGACGGAGAUGAAGAGCAGCGAGGAGAUAACGUGAAGGACGUGGACUACGCUCUACCAUACGAUCAGCACGGCCUGGCCCACCUCUCCGAGCCGAGACCGCCGGACUGGGCCUCGGUUCCAGCGCUGCUGGGCCUGAGCGCGGAGCUGCAGCGCGACGCAGAGGCGCGAGAACUGGCCGGAUCAGUACAGGGCUGUCUCUUACACCGCUGCCUGCUGCGCGACGGCAAAGGGGGCGUGCACCUGUAUAACCACGCCCAGGCCAGGCUGGAGGCCAACAUGUUCCGAGGACUCAACUAUGCAGUACGCUGCAUCCAGAACGCCAAGUUGGUGAUGUUGCGUAACGAGGUGAGUGGGUGCCGGGCGUCCGGCGUGUUCUUGCGUCUCUCGGCUCAGGGUCUCAUUGCCCAGAACAACAUCCACUCCAACGGGGAGGCGGGGCUAGACAUCCGCAAAGGAGCCAAUCCCAUCAUCCUGUGUAACAGAAUCCACAGCGGUCUGCGCUCCGGGAUCGUUGUCCUCGGCAACGGGAAAGGCUCCAUCCGCAGCAACCAGAUCUACGGCAACCGAGAGGCCGGAGUCUACAUUCUCUUCAACGGCAACCCCGUCGUCAGUGGAAAUCACAUAUUUCAGGGUCUGGCUGCAGGAAUCGCCGUUAAUGAGAACGGACGGGGGCUGAUCACCGAAAACGUGAUCCGGCAGAAUCAGUGGGGCGGUGCUGAUAUUCGUCGCGGUGGUGAUCCCGUAUUGCGCAAUAACUUCAUCUGUCACGGUUACUCGGAUGGUGUGGUGGUGGGGGAGAGGGGGCGGGGCCUAAUUGAAGGAAAUCACAUCUAUGGUAACAGGGGCUGCGGUGUGUGGGUGAUGUCCUCGAGUCUUCCUCAGCUGAUCGGGAACUACAUUACCCAUAACCGCAUGUACGGGCUGGCCGUGUUCUGCCGGAAGGACCCGGAGUCAGGCGGGGGAGAGGGCUAUCGGCCGGAGAGGGAGAGAGGAGAGCGGGGGGGCGAGCGAGGAGGUCAGGAGAACUUCCACGAGGAGGGCGAGAUGCUGGCCUGGGAGAGCGACAUGGACAGUGAAGACGAACGAUUCUCCUCCCGCCGGCCAAUCACAGUCGCCCUGGUGGAGAACAACUGCAUGAGUCGCAAUGGAGCGGUGGGCGUGUACGUGAAGAGCAGCGAGGCGCUGAACGUCGUUGGAAACAUGGUAUCAAACAACCGGGCGGCCGGCAUGUCCAUCAUCCAGAGCACUCAGCUGACCCGUCUCGUCGGCAACUGCGUCCACGGCAACGGCAGGACGGGUGUGACCGUGGACAGAGAAUGCCGGGUGGAGCUGCGAGGCAAUGGCAUCUAUGGCAACAGUUGCCACGGCAUUUGUUUCCGAGGGGACGGACAGAUCGUGGAGAACGACGUGGUUGGGAACAGCGGGGUCGGGAUACGAGUGAUGGAGAGCGCAGAUGUAAAAGUUGUGAGGAACCGUGUGCAGUGUUUGCGGGGGUGUGGGAUCUCGGUGCGGCAGCAGGUCCGGGGGGCGGUUCAGGAGAACCUGGUGUAUCAGGGAAACCCGGCAAACAGUAAACCCCCCAUAAACAGCGACCCGCAGAACCAGGACUGCAUCGUCCUCAGCAACACCCUGCUCACACACCGACCCAACACUCCCUGGGCUCUGGAAAACCCGCCCCCUCGUCCCCUUGGCAACAACCCGCCCAGCGCCGCCCCCUCCACAAACCCCACCCACCUGGCCAUCAGCAUGACCAGCAGGAUCACCGCCACCGUGGAGAGCGGUUGCCAUAACAACGGCAGCAUCUUCUGCUCCAUCCUCUGAUCUUCUGGAGGACUGACGCCUCCUGUGGGCCGGUGGCGGGAUUACAGCCGGUAUUUAAAGACAGACUCGUACGUUACUUUGGAUUAUUUUGGAUAAAUGAACUUAUUUCAUUUUAUUUCCACUGUUUCUUAGUCAAUUCUUAUCUAUAUCUUCUCCAGAAGGCUGGAGAAGAUAUAAAAGAAUCUGAAGGAAUAGUUUACCAAAAAGAAAAACCCAUCACACAUUUCCUCUUAACUCCAAACUGGAGAUAAUCUGCCUCUGUAGUUUUGCUGUAGGGCUGAUAAUGUAGAAAACCAUCUGAUGAUGAUCUAUUAGACUUACUUACACUUAAUAGACAAAUGUCUAAGGACAUUAAGACUGAAAUUAAGAUCAAGAUUAAUGGGCAGUACUUACCAUAGUACUCAUUAUUAAUUGACACUAGUUAGCCAGAACCUCAUCCUUUAGCGCCAUUAGCCUUACAGCUAAAACUGAAGAGGUGAACCGCAGACUGCAGCUGUGUGUCGGUUGAUUGAAUACUUUUGGAGUCAGAGGAAAAAAAAAACGUGUUGCCAAACUUUUUGUUUAAUCUGUUCCAGUUCACAGAAUAAAACAGCAGGAUUCUCUCUGUUCUACACAAACGCAUGUAUAUCAAAUGUUUCUUGUCCGAUCCGCACACUCUUUUACUAUUUACCUGUUUCAAACUAAAACCACUUCGUUUUACACUUUUAGACACUUUAACCCUUUUUAAGCCACAAUGUUUUUAGCAAAUCUGAGCCAAACUGCUAAAAAAUAGAGCCGGAGGAUUUCCACUGAUAACACCAGAGACCAGAGAAAGAGGGGCAGUUUGCAAGGUGCAUUGUGAUGCUCAUUGCUAUCUUAAACCCUGCCAACAGUCUCUUUUCAUGCCUUCCCCCUGCAUUGUUUAAUUAGCAACAGUGUUUUGAAAUACAUCUACACUGAUGGGCAUUGUUUGCUCCACUGACUGAAUACAACCUAGACAGAUGUCAACUGCAGAUGUUCAUCGCUAUCUUGGCAAUGCAACACACAUAUACACACAGCAGUGCACAAACCCAACUUUAUAUCUACAAUAAACAGAAUACUAAAUAAAAUAACAUUGUUGUUAUUUCCUCUGCUGAGAAGCGUUGGACACGUCCAGGUAACUGCGCCGUUAAAAUAGCAAUCCGCCAAAGUCAGAGCUCACCUGACUCUUAAAGGGAAUGAUGAGCAAGUGACACUCUGAUUGGUUUAUUUUACAUUACGUCCAAAAAAAACACAUCCAUGAUUAAUUAUGAGAAUUAGCACAAGCCUUUUAUGCAUUUGGAGCUGUGAAAGGUGUAGUUUUCCUGUUGUUGCAAUAGCAAAGACAGACUGACACAGUGCCCUAAAUCAACAGGACAAUGCUCAUCCACAUGCACUGCUGUCGUCUCAAGAGCUUGCCUUGAAGACAAAAGAGUUUGGGGGAUGUUGCUACUUUUUAUGAGCAGUUUUAUAAUUUAUGCUUUUCCAGGUCAUUAAAGGGUAGGAGCCACAAACGUCUCUUUUUCUCUCUCGGUCAGGCUUUUCUUGACUCUUUAUAGUGGGAGCUCCUCUUGUGGCCAACUGUAGUACUGCACACUGCCAAAACAGCAAGAUAGACACAAAGCAAGACAGAUGCAGCAGUAAAGGAACACUAGGACUACUGCGGCCCUGUGUUUUAAAGCUAAUCUCUUUAAUCUGAUUUUAAUCAAUGUUUUUAUUAUUCUAUAAAUACUGAACCACAGAGCUAAUAAAGCUGAGCACACACUGAUCCAAUCAGAAGAACCAGUGCCAUCCCGUGCGACACACAGGCCCAAAAUAGGCUGUAAACAGGAGAGGUGCACCAUGGGAAUUGGAGUCCUCACUCACAGCAACUUUUCCACCUAAGCGACGCCAAAACAUCGUGGCCUCAGCAGCCGCUGCCACAGCGACAGCACCCGGCACCACGGGGUUCAAACACUGCCUCCCAACAGCCCAGUCAGGGGUAAACUGGUGCACACCUUUUAAAAUACCAACAAUACCAGUUAACAAACACCACCACCACACACUGUGGAUAAUGAUGGAGUCGGACUGCAGUCUGAUUAAGCUUUUCUGUGCUAUCAAUCAAUUGCUAAUCAAUCACACACUGCAAAUAACUAUCGUUAGAAAGUGAAAUCCUCUUAAAUCCAAAUAUCUAAAUAUCUGAUCUUCCUCAUUUAACAAAUGUCUAAAUAAUAAUCACUUUAAUCACACUCACUACAAACACGUAACAAUAAUAUACACAUAUUUCUACAGUAAUCUCUUUAUUAGAAUGAUCAGAUAUUUUGGUUGAGAUAUUCGAUUAUUUCACUAGCUAUGCUAUUAUUUGGGUUUUUUCGAAGUGUAAUAAGAUUCUGUCUGUUUUCCUCCCUGAAUAGUGCAAUAUGUGAUGUCUAAAAUGUGCCUAUAUAUAAAUACUGUAUGCCUUCAUUUUUAUACAUGUUGUACAAUCUAAAUAAAGAAUUUAUGGAAUGUUUCAAA